AUGUCUGAAGAUUCGAGGUCGACGGUUGACCUAAAUGCGCUUCCACCAAAGCCCCGCGCGCCUGCAAAUGUUAUGCCCGGCGGUACAGCGCAUACAGCAGGAGGUGAAAAGACAUCGGAUACCGGACCUACAUACAUCGACGCAGUACGAAGUCUAGGGCCAGAAUAUUACUUCAACUUUCACAAGCGACCGUGUGUACGAGACAGUCAAUUGCAAGGAUUAACAGCUGGAUUUGCAGGAGGAAGCUUAGCAGCUAUAAUAGGCAAACCCGUCAUCACAGCUUCGAACUGGGCCGUGGCAACUUGGUGUGGUGUUUCUGUCGUUUCCUACCAAGUAUGCCAAUACUAUCGUUCUAAAGAAAAGGCCGGAAUAAAACAAGCACAAGAACUCAUGGAGAAGAAGCGCGCGAGUAUCGAGGCUAAGAAGGAAGCCAGGCGGAGGGCACGAGAGGAACAAGACCGGUUGGAGAGGGAGCAAAGGGCAGAAGAAGAAAGGAGAAGAAGCUGGGGAUAUUGGUACCAGAAGAACAUCAAGUUCUGGUAG